GUUGGAUUAGCAAAACAUAAUUGGCCAAAAAAUUCUAUCCAAUUGGAGAGUACGACAUUCAACCUAAUGGCAGAAACUUAUGGCGACAAUUGGGCAGAGGCAUCAGCAGACGUGUAUUUGCCGUCGGUCAAUUGCACCAUAGAAUAUGCCAACGCAAACAAACUGCAGCAGGAUCAUCCGUGCGUUAUUCGCCUUAUUCGUCGAAAUUAUUUGCUCCAACCAGCACCCAAAAGCCUCUCCUACAGACUGGAUCAUCCAGGAUCGCCCGAUCCUUCCGACGGACAAUCUCAGGCUAUUUUGGAAAUCUUGCAAAAUAAAACGAAUGGAUUUUUCAUUGAAUGCGGCGGCUACGACGGCGAGUUUCUAUCCAACACGCUAUUUAUGGAACGCUAUCUUGGCUGGAGCGGAUUGCUGAUUGAAGCUGACAGGAAAGCUUUCAACAAGCUUUUGACCCGUAACCGUAAGGCUUACACCACACCGGUCUGCCUUAGUACGGAACUUUAUCCCAUACAAGUGAAUUACAAUGCUACUGUCGGAACCCUAAGUUCUAUCCUCGAAACAAAUGACGUUCAACAAACAGGAAAUUUAACGGGCGAUAAAAAUCAUCACAAAGUCUCAAAUAACAGCAAGAAAAACACUAAAGACAUUUACAAAGUUCAAUGUUUCCCGCUGUAUUCCAUCCUUCUCGCCAUUGGCAGGACCCACGUCGAUUACUUCGGUCUCGACGUCGAGGGAUCAGAGUACAAAAUAUUGAAAACUAUUCCGUGGCAAAAAAUUAAUGUUAAGACGCUGACUGUGGAGUGGAAUCACACGCCCGAAGGUGAGGCCGCUAUAACUCGUCUAAUGGAGAGCAACAAAUUUAUCAAGUUUGGUCUGAUUUCCAUGCCAUACUCACGUGAAGUAGUCUACGUUCGAGACUUUCUUAACGACUAUAGAAAAUCAAAAGAUUAGUAAAUGUAGAAAACUGCGGGGAAGUAAAAUAAGGUAAAUUACAACCAUAUAAAAGUAAAUUAUAGGGCGGUAGUGUCGAAUAUGUGAAAUCAAGACCGUGAUCGGUGACCGACUAGGUUAGAUCAUAUUUUUUUUCCCCUGACACGCUUGAUGCAUUUUUUAUUUCCUUUCGGCAAUAUUUGUAAACAAAAAAAAAAAUAAUAAUAAUAACACAAAAAAAAGAUGGGGGCUGACUGAUGAGCGAAUGUUACUUUUCACCGGGCGUGCAUACAUUUUUUUGUUCAUAAACCAUUUGAUUCAGAUUAGCUCUCACUUACCAAUCUAACCAUGUGCUAUCUAAUCAGAAAAAAAACAAUUUCAAAAAUAACAAAUAAAUAAUAGCUGACGAAAAAGAAAUCAAAAGUAAUCGACUUCCAGAUUGGAAAGCGCAUGAGCGUAAGAAAUUGGACAAUGAACACGGGCGAUUUUGCUGUAAAGCUGAUUGGAUCCGACAUAGACGGGCUCUUUCUUCGACAAUUUGUUGUAGGUGUGAACGGCGUAGCUUUGGAAAAUGGCGUCGUCACCGCUGACGUUGGAGAAGCGAAACAUUCGCUUCCAUUCGGCGAAUUUGUAGGGAUACAAAUAAGUUUUAGGAAGGACGCGGAUGUCCGGGCAAAGGAACACCGGAUAAGUCGGCAGAGGUGCUCGCCUCUGGCAAUAUUUGAGCAGAACCGACUGGAACAUUGCCGGGCCGGAAUAGGACCACUUCUUCGGAUGAUAGGAAGAGGCCAGGUAGGUCAUCAUCUUCCGGACGAUGGGGUGAUCCUUCUGGAAAUGGAACGAAGAUCCAGUCAAGACACUGUCGUCUUCUUCCGGCACGAAAUUCCAGAAAAUGUUGUCAUCAAACGGCUUGAGGGCGACAAAGUCGAGAUCCAUGUACAUCCCUCCGCCCUUGUAGGAGCUGAGGAUGCGGAU